GCCGCCACCUCCUCCCGGUCCCUUGCACCACUCCCUGAUCCCUCCUCCGGCCCCAUCCCCGGCCAUCCGUCCCAGUCGCUGCUCUCUCUCGGUUCAGUGAGAUGGGAUCCACUCCCGCAGCCGCCGGUCCAUCCUCACCGUCGACGAACCAUGUCGCCGCCGCACACCACUGCGCCCUCCCCUCACCCUGGCCCCAAGUCAGGUAGUGCGAGGCGGCGCUUCCAGACCGCGAUGGCCGCAACCUUGCCCACUCCGAUCUGGAUCCAUGGUGCACUCCUUCCUCCCUCUGGAUCGAUGGCCGCAGCCUCGCCGAUGGAUCCAGCGCCUGCCGGAGACGAGGGCCGCCAGAUCCGCGACCUGGGAGGCUCCUCCUGUAGGAUACGGGAGCAGCGCGCCGCACCUGUAGUCGUCGGUCCGGGACGAGCGCAGCGGCUCGAGGAAGCCGGCGACAAACGUCGGCGCUCCUCUGCUCCAUCGACCUGGACAGCUGCUACUCCGCCAAAGACGCCGCCUACAGGUACCAGAGGCUGGCCAGCAGAGGACAAGGGCUUCAUGGACAACCAAGGUGCAUGGUGCUUGCAAGCGACGAAUGGAGUUUGUUCGACAUAGGCACGGAGGAGGAGGAGGACAGAGCACCUCUCUUCUUCUAGGUUAGUGAGCAGCAUCAGGAGGAGGAGCUCAAGAACGACCACCAAGAGGCACCACCACAGCAGCAGAUAGCACGUCCAUCUCCACCUCCCUCUCCCUCUGCUCCCAAUCCUUUUUAUUAGAAUAUAUUGAGUACAUUCUGUCAACUUGUGUGUCAGUAAGAAUAUUAUUGCUGUUCAAGUAUAGUAGCUUCUGUCCAAGUGCUCUUCAUCUUGUGUGUCAUCUGCAAGGCAAUCAAGUUAAUUAGAUGUU